AUGCAACUCACACGCUCGCGUUUCGCCAUUUUACUUCUUCCAUUAAUCGCGUCCGCGUUGGCGUCCGAUUGCAAUGAGAAACAAUUCAAAAGCGGCAAAGUUUGCGUGUGCGAUUUGAAUUCUUGUGAUGAGGUGCCAGAGCUCGGUUUGACGAUGGGACAGGCGGCCGUGUUCACAACAUCGCAUUCGGGACAUCGAUUGCAUCGCGAGAUCGUCUAUGCCACCGACAACGAUCCAAUCGGCACACUUCACAUGACGCUCGACUCGACGAAAAAAUACCAACAAAUUCAAGGGUUCGGCUCGACGUUCAGCGAUGCAGCUGGCGCCAAUUUGAAAUCGCUUCCCGACAAAUUGGCCGACACAAUCAUCCGGCAGUACUUCUCACCGCAAGGCCUGAAUUACAAAUUUGGACGUGUGCCAAUCGGCGCGUCGGACUUCUCGGCGCGCGAGUACAGCUAUGAUUUGGUCGACGGCGAUUUCCAGAUGCAGAAAUUCAAUUUGACGGUCGAGGACACUCAAUGGAAGAUUCCCUACAUCAAGAAAGCGGUUUAUUAUUCGGGAUCCAGUCUGAAUUUGCUGGCGGUGCCGUGGAGUGCUCCGGGAUGGCUCAAAACCACUCAUCAGGUCGCCGGACCGGGAGCCGUUCAGGGAAAAGCCGGCGAUGAGUACCAUAAAGCGUACGCGAAAUAUUUUGUGAAAUUCUUCGAGGACUACGCGAAGGCGAACGUCAACUUCUGGGGUGUCAGUGUUCAAAACGAGCCGACGGAGGGCUCGAAUAAGAAGGAAAAAGCGCCGGAGACGCUGUUCACCGCCGAAACUCAACGGGACUUCAUCAAAACCGAUUUCGGGCCGGCGCUCAAAGACAACGAGGCGACGAAAAAUCUGAAGGUGCUGAUUCUUGACGACGAGCGCAAAAAUCUGCCGAAAUGGGCCGACACGAUACUGAAGGACAAAGACGCGGCGAAAUACGUGUCCGGCAUCGGUGUUCACUACUACGAGGAAUCGGAGAAGGACGAGCAUCUCGACAAAACGCACAAGAACCAUCCCGACGUGUUCAUUCUCGGCACCGAGGCGAGCGACGGAGCCAAAUCCAAAGAGACGACGGUCGAGUUUGGAUCGUGGGAUCGCGCCGAGGAUUACGCGUCAAAUAUCAUUGAUGAUUUGAACAAUUGGCUCGUCGGAUGGAUUGAUCGCAAUUUGGUGUUGGACGCUCAAGGUGGUCCGAGCUUCUUCAACGUGUUCGCCGACGCGCCGAUCAUCGCAUUCCCGAACGUCUCGCAGUUCUACAAGCAGCCAAUGUUCUACGCGAUUGCGCAUUUCAGCCGCUUCAUUCAACCGGGAGCCUAUCGAAUCGAUCACUCGUUCAACGUCAUCGAGCUCGAGGUUCGCUCGGCGGUUUUCCAGAAUCCCGAUGGCUCGAAAGUCGUCAUUUUGCUCAAUAAGUCCAAGCUAACCGACCAUACAGUGAUAGUGAAGGACAGCGCCGAUGCAAGGGACCACUAUCACUUCAAGCUGCCAACAAGAUCAAUUGCCACCUUGUACAUUAAUUCGAUCAAUUUUUAA